UGCGUGUGCAGCCCUGCGGAUAUCAAAACAAAAAACAGCUGUUUAUAAAUGAACCGUUCAUUCUGCUGCGUUGUAAAUUUAAUGAAUAUUGAAAAAUACUUAAUCAAAGCGUAAAAUCAAAGUUCAAUACAAUACAGCAAACCACAGGAAUAUUAUGCUGCAUUGCACAAGCAUACAAAUAGAAAGUAGAACAACAGCAAGAACACCAACGCACCACAGACAAACGAGGAGCACAGUUCGACACAAAUCGUAAAAGAUAAAAAAAAAACACUGGCGCGAUAAGAGCACCCCAAUCAAACGUGCCAAACAGUAAACACCCAUAAGCACACACACACACACACCCACACACACUCAUACAUACAGAUACGUACGGGAAUAAUUAGAGCAGCAACAAAAGGCUAAAUAUGUUGUCUUACAUUAAGCGCAAACUCUCUGAAUCGGACAGCGGCGCGACAGGCAGCAAUAGCAACAAUAGCAACACAACAGCCGCUGAGCUGGUGCGGAAAACAAGCGAAAUGUCAUUGGAUAAUGGUAUAAUUGCAUACGGGGAGGAUGCAUUGCUGCACGAGCUGGGCUAUCGCAAUGCCACCGACCUGCAAGAGACCAUUUACGAUCUGUUGCGCACCAUACGUGAUCCGGAGAAGCCCUGCACUUUGGAGGAUUUGAAUGUCAUAUAUGAGGAUGGCAUAUUUGUAAUGCCGCCAACACGCUCAAAUGUUUCGGUGGUGCGCAUCGAAUUCAAUCCCACAGUGCCGCACUGCUCGCUGGCCACACUGAUUGGUCUAUGCAUACGGAUUAAGGUGGAGCGCGGCUUGCCUCACAACAUCAAGCUGGACAUUUACAUAAAGAAGGGCGCACACCAAACUGAGGAGGAGAUCAAUAAACAAAUUAAUGACAAGGAACGCAUUGCAGCCGCUAUGGAGAACCCAAAUCUGUGUGAGCUGGUCGAAAAUUGCAUUAAGGAUGAGGAAUAAAAGUCUUGCGCCCCUUCUAGUGUAUAUAAUGGUUUAACUCAGCCUAGUUGUAAGUGUACCAAGUGCGUGUAGUCUCUGAUGUACGAUGUAUCUAGUUAGUAUUAAAGUUUUAAGAUUUGUUAAAUGUCGAAUUUGUUAAGUAAUACUUGGCAAGAAGAAUAAGAAUUGUGUAAACGUGGCGAACA